CAACAGGCAGAAGUUUCAGAAGCUUGUAGCAGUAAUAGUGAUGAAUUUAAUAAUGAAUUUGAUAACAUUGAGGAUAGUAAUACAAAAACUUGUAGCAAUAAUGGUGAUAAAUUUAAUGACGAGUUUGAUAACAUUGAAGAUGGUGAUACAGAAAUAAGUAUUGUCAGUGAUGAAGAUGCGAAUAACAUUAUUACAAAACUGUUACAAGCAGUUCCAGAAGUAGCUACUCAUCGAUCACUUGUAAAUAUUUUGGAUACCAUAAGUGCAGAUAUGAAUAACGAUACAAUUGAUUCGGAUAGUGACUUUGAGAGUGAAUUUGAAGUUAAGGUUGAUAGCAACUCUAAGAGUAAAUUUAAAGUUGAGGUUGAUAAAGAUCGCAGUAUGUCUUCUGAGAUGUUGGGUGAUGUUACUAAACAAUUAGAAAAAGAAGUCAAAAGUAAUAAGCAUGAUGAGAGCAUGGCCAAAAGAGUUGAAGCAAGCAUUAUUGUAGCUAAGAUAGCUGGAAGGGGUGUUUACUAUGCCCAUUGUAUAUAUGCAUGGGCAGAUAUUUUGAUGCAAGUUAUGUCCUUUCUUCAAUCAAACAAAUGGAGUGUAAAUCCAAUUGAACUGGCAAAGCAUAUAAAUAAAAGAGUACUUCCAAGUCUUUGCUUUGAUCUAUUACCAACAAUGUGUGUAAAAACUGCUGAAAAGUGGUUAGAGAUAUUUGGAUUUGAAUAUUCACUAGUUAGAAAAAGAAUGUAUAUGGAUAGUCAUGAGCAUGCUGAUAUGAUAGCUUAUCAUGAAAGAUUUUUGGAAAGAAUAUUAAGAUAUAAAACACAUAUAAUAGUAUUUUUCG